UUCUGCCGUUGGACCCCUGGCAUCAGAGUUUUGUAGUAGUGACAAAUAUGUCGGCCUCUGGGAAUGUACCGUUGACCAUUAUUAUGGAUAUAUGAGAAGAGCACAUGAUUUGGAUUGUAUGAAUUCGCUUCUCUUCUUUCCUUCUUACCUAUUUGCGGAGGAGCCUGCAAAUAAUUUUAUAGAGCCAAGCAGCUAACAGUUAGUACAGCUAACUGUGGCUAGCCAACCUUUUAACGUUAUCUUUAAAAUAGGCUGGCGCUGGGAGAGCUAACGUUAGCCACCAAAGCUGAACCCGCACAGCUGAAUAACCCGUUUGGAUGAUAUUGGAUGUGUCGAGUCUGACUGUUACCCCAGGUGAUGGUAAAAUAACAGAGACCAGGACCUCAAAUUUACGGUUUUUGGACUCAGAACUACAGAUGCAGAGUCUUGAUCCACCAAGAACAAGCUGUAGAAAUAUACAAACUUAGUCAGCCUGUCACAAACAAGUAGGUCUCUGAUCGCCAUUGAACAAGGAACAUUUCUUAAAUUCUGGAUAUUCUCUGGAAACCGAUGGCCCUGGGAGUCUCCAUUUCUACUACAUCAAAGCCACAGAAUUUUACAUUGUGUUGGGGUUAUUUUCCUCUUGAGAGUCUGAAUCCUCCGAGGGAUUGUUGUGAGAGGGCGUUAUCCAAGCCUCAGUGCCCUCCGCUGGGGAAGGAAGCCAAGGGAAGGCCCUGGAGAAAAUAACUGUAAGGCCAAGAAUUACAUAACAGUCCACUAAUACAGCAAAAGAGGAGACCAGUGGAGGAGAAGUAAGAAGCUCUAUGUUCCAGUUACUAGCUGAUAUAUCAGAUAUGAGCAUUUUCUACCACAAGGAUCAACACUGAAAUCAUAGCUCUCUCUCAAGAUAUUCCACUUACAUGGAUACUAAUGGAUGUUCCCCUGGGUUUCCCCUCAUAUGCUUUGGAAAGAACCCCUCCAUCUAUUCUUGCUUUUUGUCAACCAAUCACAUCCCAGGUACGGCAGGCAGGUGAGCUGGUCUGAAUCAGCCAGCGACGGGGUUUAGGGAUGCCCCGACACAGGAAAACCAGGCUGCUCCACUGGCCCGCUUACAGACUCCUGUUUCUAAUACGAGUCCUGGACUGAAACUGAAAGCAGAUUGCUUCCUUUGCUGACAGAGAGCAGGGGAGAGGGGUUGUCAUUUUUUAUUUGCAAGACUUUUUCACACAUCAACUGUUGAUCUCCUGUGAGUUUGAAUUGGAUUUGAUUCUCCAAAUAUUUCACAAGCACCUACAUCUGAAAAAUAGGAGGCCAAGUCAGAUAAUAUCUCUUCAAGCUACUUUUUAUUUCUUUAGAGUUGUUUUUGAACAGGUCUACCUCUGCUAACUCUUUUACCUCAGUAAACUCCUAAUUACACACCAAUUAAAUGAAACCAUGGCAGGUUCAAAUCAGGCAAAGGUUCAUUAGUCCAUCUGUCCAUCAGGUUUGGACUUCCACACAACACUGUCACUCUAGGAUUAAAUUAUUCUCUCGUAAAAGUGGUCUGUAAAUAUUUUUUCUGUACUUUUUAAUGUCAACCACGUUUUUUCUUUCACCAAGCCUCUUUUUUUUUUAUAAACAAACCAGGUGUUCUCUUACACUCCAUAAGCAUGAUCCGUUUUAUAUUUGUUUUUAUUUUCUAUUGCUCAAACUAGUGAUCUUGGUCUGUAUUUAUAUACAAAUCUUUUGGAGAUUGUCCAGACACCUCAUCUUCUUUACAUCAGUGGCUUAUUAGUUCACACCGCCCUCCCACCUGUUUUUCUGGCUCACUGAAAAAAACAAGGCCUUUACUGCGAGGGACCUGUAAGCUCCUUUUAAUCUCAAAAGCACACCCACAGAAGAUCAGGAUUGACCUAAGAACCCUAAGAAAAAAGGCUUCUACUUCCAUCUCAGUGUUGUGAUGCACAGGAGUAUGUUCCUCUUUUCUUCAUAAAGAAGGAAGCAAUCAUCAACCACUUCCUUGAAUUUUUUUUGCUGCGCCAUCAUUUCUACCCCAAACUCAACUCAAAGCACCUUCAGAAACAUCAAACUCUGAAUGAGAUACCCUUUGGAAUAGCAGUUGCAGAGCAAACACACACAUUGCCACACAGGAAGUGAUGCCAGCUGGCAGCAGUAAGAGUGGAGGGCGGGGUCCAUCCUCCUCACCCCUCCCUCACACUGUGGUCCCCGCCAGCAGACCCCUGCGACCCUCCCGCUACGUCCCUGUAUCGGCGGCAACUUUUUUCCUCGUUGGCUCUACCACGCUCUUCUUCUGCUUCACGUGUCCCUGGCUCUCAGAGCGUUUCUCAGUAGCUGUGCCAAUUUACAAUGGAGUCAUUUUCCUGUUUGUUUUGGCUAACUUCUGUAUGGCCACGUUCAUGGACCCAGGCAUCUUCCCGAGAGCGGAGGAGGACGAAGACAAGGAGGACGAUUUCCGUGCUCCCCUCUACAAGACGGUCGAGAUCAGAGGAAUCCAGGUCAGGAUGAAGUGGUGUUCAACCUGCCGCUUUUACAGACCGCCACGGUGCUCCCACUGCUCUGUCUGCGACAACUGUGUGGAGGACUUUGACCAUCACUGUCCGUGGGUGAACAACUGCAUUGGCAGGAGGAACUACCGCUACUUCUUCCUAUUCCUCCUUUCUUUGACGGCUCACAUCAUGGCAGUGUUCGGCUUUGGCCUGCUCUUCAUCCUCUACCAUCGUCAGAACAUCGACCGCCUGCACGCCAUUGUCACGCUGGCUGUAAUGUGUGUGGCAGGUUUGUUCUUCAUCCCUGUUGCUGGUCUGACUGGUUUCCACAUUGUGCUGGUGGCCAGAGGACGAACAACCAAUGAACAGGUCACAGGAAAGUUCAGAGGAGGCGUCAACCCUUUCACAAAUGGAUGUUGGAAGAAUGUCUCUCAUGUCCUCUGCAGCUCACAGGCACCCAGGUAUCUGGGCAGAAAGAAGUGUGUGCAGAGUGUAUGUGUUCAGCCUCCUUUCCUGCGGCCCCAGCUGACAGAGGCCCAGCUGGCUGCAAAGAUCCUGGACAACGGCAUCCAGGGAGACCUGCACCGGUCAAAGUCCAGUCUAGAGAUGAUGGAGAGCCAAUCAUGUGAUGCCGAGCCUCCUCCACCUCCAAAACCAGAGCUUCGCUACCCAGGAAUCACUCGGGGGAACACAGAGGAGUGCAGUCUACUGAACAAAGCCCCUCCAACCCCCACCAUGUACAAAUACAGGCCCACCUACAGCCCUAGCAAGAACCACACAGCGCUCACACAUGCUUAUGCUAACCAGUUAAGUCGAGGAGAAAGCGUUGGCAGUGCCAGAGAUUCCUCCUCCUCCACCUUCCUUCUCCAGGCAAGUCAGCAGCCUGGUUUCCGCUCCCAGCCCAGCCUGGACCGGAGGGACACUUCAUCGGAUCGAGUAAUAGGGGGGGGUGGGGAGAGGAGAGACGGAGGGAGAGAGGGGAGUGGAGGGGGAAUCCCAGGCUACCUCGGGGGACGCUCGUAUCCCUCCUUCUCAGACCCUAUCCUAUCAGGAGUGGCCUCGCGGUCUUCCAGCUCAACACACACCUCAGCAGGCACCCACGUCUCAGAGGCAACUACCACCUCCACCAGUUUUAAGAGUCUAGCUAAUCAGACGCACCCUCCUCCUCCUCCAUCACGCAAUGGAAGCUUGUCAUAUGAGUUACUGGCAGGUGGGGAAGACUUGGCCAAAGUGGUGGUAGCGAGUUCAGCCCCUGAGGUUUCCUCUGGGAGACCCUGUACGCUCAGCGCUGGUGGCUACACCUCCCCCUUCCUGUCGUCGCAGCAAAGAGGAGCUGAGAUGCACUCCCAGUCCUCCCAGUCGCCCCAUCACCACCACCGCUCUACCCACCAACACCACCACCACCCUUUCUCCCUCGCUCUUCCUCACUUCUCCUCUCCGCCUCCUCCCCAGAAAGGGAGCGCUGCUGGGCGAGCCUCACCUGGUUUCUAUCUUCCACCAGCCACUCAGACCCCUGCCCCCCCUCCCUCUGUACCACCCCCCCAACACCAUCAUCAUCACCACUCCCAUCAUCACCACCACCACUCCCAUCAUCACCACCACUCCCGUCCUCUUCCUCUUCUCCGCCCUCCACGCUUUGCUUCCCCCUCUGCACCACCCCACCACGCUUACCCUUACCGGACCCGCUCCACAGCCCCACUGGGUCCCUCCUCCACCUCCACCUCCACCACCCACCCGCCCCUCGAUACUCCCCACCCACCACCUCUGGGCAAGUCCCUCUCUUCGAGUGCUGCUGCCGCUGAGAUGCAGUACAGGCUUGUCCGAAAGGCCUCUGCGUCAGCUGGAAGCCAAUGCGCAGGGGUAGGAGGAGGAGGGAUGGGAGGAGGAGGAAUACAAGCGCCGAAGGAUGAGCUGAUACAGAUGAACCCUCUGAGUCGGUCCAACGGCGGCCAGCCUUUCUCCCCCACCUCCUCCUGUUGCCCUUCCUCCCCCUCCCACCCAGUCGGCAUGCCUGGCCGGCCCCCUCUAGCCUACCACAGCUCGUCAUUGAUGCAGAGUCCUGCACACAAGCCUCAGGGCAGCGGGGUGAAGAAGGUGACAGGUGUUGGAGGCACCACGUAUGAGAUUUCUGUCUGAUUGGCAGCCGACGCUGGCUAAAAGACCAAUAUAGGAAGAUGAGAUGCCAGCCUUCCUCGUCUACCACACAGGGACAGUUUCAAUAGAACAAACCACUUGGACAUCUGAGGAUGCUUGAACCAUUUGGUCCAGAUCUCACUCCUCAUUGGCCGAUCGACUGUGGAGCUGAACUGAACUGCCCUGCCUCCACCAAAGCAACUGCUGGAAAAGAUGUAGCCAGGACUCUCUGGCUAUGAGCUGUAACAUGCUUCUUUUUUAGGACCAAAUCGGAAUGGAGAUUUGGCUCGUUUUGUGGGUUUUCCUCCUCACUGUAGCUCAGCAGGUAGCACAGGUAGGUCUGGGUCUUACAUUGUACAAGUACAGCAGCGCAAUGCGAAACCCACUGCCAGGGUGAGGAGCUUGAUCCCCUGCCAGGGCCACAGGGAGGUUGGGAUUUAUGAAGGUUCAUAUCAGCACUUUUUGGACUGAAGCUGCAUUAAUUAAAAAAUGGUGUGGAUGUUAAUAUUUUGUCAUUUGACACUCAUGGUUAGAAGACAAACCCCGCUGUGGUGAAGUCAGUUUGGGAUCAAAGAUGAAUCCAUCAAAGUCGAGGGCUUCCCGCAUAUGAUGAUUAACUAAGUGUAUGAUCAGACAGACCAAAUAACCAAUAAUUUAAUAAGGACAAAAAAUAUUUUGCAGUUGCUCCAAUAGAUUGCUUCAGCCAGCAACUGUAACUUAGGCUUGUGUGACUGCAGUAUAUAAUGCCAGUGGAUUUCUAGGCACAUGUCAAUAUCCAGUCGACAGAUAUUUUUUCAUGGUUGAUACCAAUAUCAAUUAUUAGUAGUUCAUUUGACCGAUAACUGAUAUUUGGAACCAAUAUGCAUUAACUAUAAAAAUAAAAAUAAAAAAUAUUAAAAACUGUAACACAAACACUUGUUUAAAUGCAUUUAGGACAUGUUUAAUGAAAACUUGAACUUUGAACACCAUAUACAGGAGUUUACAACUUACCAGUUAAAUUACCAUAGACUGUAUAAAAUAUGGACGUAGUAUCCGUGACGUCACCCAUCUGUUCCUGAGAGCUGUUUUGAAGCAAAUUGACGGCAGCAGCCAUAUGGGAAAUGCGGAACUCAACCAGGCAGAGUGUGACGUAGUGUGAGCCUCCUAGCCAAUAGCUAUGUGUUCCCGACCAGGAGUCACGUCAGUCAUGUCCUUAUUUGGGCAAUCUCGUAAUCUAAUAUCUUCUGAACCAUCACGAUAGAAAUAAAUUCAACCCCGUACAGUGUGUGCCAUUAGAGAGAUUAGCUUCAUAGGGCUAAGCCGUUUUUUUGAACCAGGCUGUAAACAUGAUUAUUAAUGCUGCAAAGAUCGUCUUUUUCCCAUUCAUGUCAAUGUGGUUUCUGGUGUUUCUUCAGCCAGCCUCAAGCGGAUUUUCGAUGUAUUGCAGUUUAUAACACUUUCGCAUUGGCUUCAUCGUUUGAGACCGGAGGUUGCCGCUUGUAAAUUACAGUCGUGUCACAUAGUCAUGUGAUGUCCAGCCAAUCAGAUAGUGUUGUGGGCAGGAUAUUUGGUUGGACAGACAGGUGAGUGAAAACAGACCCAGAGGGAUUAAGACACCAGCAGCAGAGGCAAAGUCUACUCACUGUCUACUCUUUUACUGUAACACUUGAAUUUCCCCGUUGUGGGACGAGUAUAGAAUCUCUUAUCUCUUAUCUAAAGUAGCACCUAUUAGAUAUAUCAUUUGAUACAUUUUAUCAAUCAGAAAAACAAAACAUUGAUAGACUCGGCCACUAACGUUUUGUUCCAUGGAGUCUGGACUUGAAGAGAGUGAUUGUUUCUGGUUAAAAAGAGCUUUUACUUUCUAACUUAAAUGUCUUCUGCUGCAGGGAUCCUCUCUGUCGUUAUAGGGGUUUCAAAAUGGUUAAAAAUGUAAUCUCCAUUAGUGGAUGUACUUUGAUGGGGCAUGUUUGUACCUAUGUUUCAGUCAUGGUGGCCUGUUUGCGGUUGCUGGCUGAAGCGCUCUGCUGAAGCAAUGUCAGAACUUAUUUUUAAUUUUAGAUAUUUAACUCUAAAAUAUGUAAAAAAUAAAAUAAAAAAGCCCAGGUUAAAUAACUAUACAGGAACUCACUGUCAGUUUUAAGUUAGUUUUGUAACAUCCUCAAACAAACAGAGUGGGGUUAGGAUGCUUUGUGUUCCUGAGUGUUGUGUGAUAUAUUGCGUCAGUAAAGCAGCCCAGGCAGAGUCUGUGCGACACGUCGGCUUCUUCACAACCUUCCUUCUUGUGGAAACGCACAACACGACCCGACAGGAGGUCAAUAAUCAGGCGGUGAGCAGGAUCCACUCUGGACUUGUGACAAUCGAACCGGCGACCGGAGGGAAAUGUCACCCCUUGAACUUCUCAAUUGAUCGAUGUUGCUGCGGUGAUGUGACUUUUGCCUUUUUGACGGAGGGAUGAAAAAUGUAACAUUGAAAAAAAAAGACAACAACAUGCAGAUUCCCUGUUUCUUUGACUUAUUUGUUGAUAAAUUCCUCGAUGUGAAUAUGAUUCCAUGUUUGUACAGGAUCACGUGGUUUUAAAUGUGGAUUUCUUUUUUACUUUUUUUUUUUUAAGUGCUGCAGCAUGCACUACUAUUACUACGAGCCACUGUAGGCCGCUGUGUUCUGCUGUGUGUCUGUUUGAACAAACAGGAUGUGAGGAAACUAAAGUGAACAAGGAAAUCAUGUUUUGGCCUUCUGUCGUUAAUGCGGUCCUCAACAGGCAGAUUUUUCUAGAAAAUGAACUCCUUGAGCGAAUGCCUUGGGAAUUCGAGUGUUUUUUUAUGUCACCUAUUUAAUUUGAAAUUGUUUUAUAUGAAUUUGUAUUGAAAUAUAGCUAUUGAAGAAUGAACAGUUUUCAAUGUUGACUCAAAGAGAUUGUGUCAUACGAGUCGGGAUGAAAUGAGACCCUCUGAUUGGUCGAGGCUCUCAACAGUGAACCAAACUGUCUAUAAAUAAGUCAUCU